AUGGUGAGGCCUGCUGGGCCUGCUGCGGACGUUACGCUGCAGAAAAUGUCGCGAUAUCGAUCUGUUCGAGAGGCAAAGAGUGUCGACCGCCAUGAGAAAGCCCUUUCGCCCCAGCUGGGCGCAACAAGUGACCAGAACCCAUCAAUCGCAAGAAGCAUGUCUCGGUAUCGUCGCAAUCGCCCUUCCGCAAACAACACCACCACCGCACCGAUCAAUACUCCAGCCCCUCCUUUGCCAGAUCUCGCUUGCGCAAAAGCCCAAAGGGUGUCUCCUUCACCCGACGCCAAGCUGUCCCCGAGCGCACAAGAAGAGCGCGCGCGAGAGAAACACAGACAGGAUGCGAUGGCGCAGCUAGAGGGUGAGAAGCAAUCGUCUGCCGAGAUUACAUUACGGCCGGUGAAAUCCGAGAAGCACGUGCGUGUUAAGAAGGAUGUGGGCAAAACAAAGCUCACGCGCUCAGCCCCGACAGCUGCGGAUGUAGAGAGUCGUCGAGCCAGCGCACAUGCGCCGUCUCAUGAUAAUACGCGCAAGUCUUUCUUCCAGAAAAUGGGCCUCACAAAGGCACAAGACUCUGCGCCAAAGUACAUUGGAGUUGGUGGAGGGGGUAUCGUUCCUGGAAUAGAUGCACCCAUUUCCGCUGUGAAUGCUGGAGAACGCCAAGUUCUUGUGCAAUAUAGCGAUGCUUUGCUUAAGCUGUCUGUGACUCCAUCAACCCAAGUGCAGGAUUUGCUCCUGUCCGCCUCUCAGAAGUUGUCGCGUGACAUCGACCCCGAAAAGUUCAUCGUCCGGGAAUCUUUUCACCAAGUUGGCUUGGAGAGGAAUUUGCGAGAAUACGAGCGUGUCCGAGACGUCAUGAACUCCUGGUCACACGAUGCAGACAAUAGGCUGAUCAUCAUUCCCCCUUCGAGCAUGGACGCCCUUGCCCAACUGGACGCCCAUCUCGUGCCCAGCGAGAAGCCUGCUGAGACAAGUGUUUACCUCUACUACUCUCAGAGGCCUGGAAAAUGGGACAAGCGGUGGGUGACAUUAUAUCCUAAUGGCCAGGUGACUAUUGCAAAGAAAGAGUCUUCCAAGGACCCUACUGCCAUAUGCCACCUCUCCGACUUUGACAUAUACAAACCUAAUGCACGGGCUCUUGCAAAAGAAAUCAAGCCUCCCAAGAAGAUCUGCAUCGCCAUUAAAAGUCAACAGAAAUCUUCCAUGUUUUUGUCGACUGAAAAAUUCGUGCACUUCUUCAGUACCAAUGACAGCGCGAUGGCCGACAAAUGGUUCACGGUAACCCAGGCAUGGCGGAGUUGGUAUCUUGUUAACAAGAUGGGUGCAACCGAAAAGAGCGACGCUGGCAUCCCACUUCCAUUGAGAUCUCUCACGAACCGCCAAAAUGCAGAGAUGGGGCCACGCCCAUCGACGGCUAAGGAUGUAUACGCUCAUAAGAAGAGCAGUCGGGACCAUGCUCCUCCGCCUUCAUCUUUCCCCAAGGACUUGGCCAUCGAUACCCUUCCGGGAAGACCCUCUGCAGAAAUGGAUACCACCACCUUCUCUCCAACCGGGUUGCUGGGUAGAUCAUAUUCCCAGCGAAAGCAGGCAAUGCAUGAGAGGGAUGAAAGGGCAAAGCGAGCGAAGGAAGAACCCUUCACAGAGCAGGGUCUGCUUAAUGAAAGACCUCUAAACCCGCCCGAUUACUCCAACAGCCGCACAAACACCAUGACCCGCGCACCGGAUGGCCUAAGCCCGUCCUUAUCCGUCAGCCAAAAGCCAAAACCUCUCAUCGACUUGACACCCAUUUUUCAGGAAGCACCACAACACGUCCGCAAAGGCCGCGGGGUAACCGUUGAACCCGGUGUGAAACUUGUCGACGCUGCCACUGGACCUGAAUUGGCUGUCAACACAAUAGUCAUUCCACCCGCGACUUCAUGGCGAAGACCAUCUGUUGAAGUAGCCCCUCCGUCCCGUAACCGCUCAAAUACCGCCCGCAGCGUCCGCCAAGUCGCAUCACCACACAAAUCCUCCCAACUCAGCUCUGCCGAAGGCAGCCCCAUCGUGCCGUCCAACCCCUUCCAACCUAACAGUCUGUUGACCUCUGAAAAGGUCACCAGCCAGCCCAAACUAUCCAAAAGGCGCGGUGUAGCAACAGGUGAUCGCAACGCUACUCAGCCAAUGCUUGACCUGUCGCCAGAAAACCCAUUCGCAGAGGGCAGUCUGCUGCGCCAGCUUUAA